AUGGAACUUUCAGGAACACUGGCUAAGGCCGCAGUGGUAGCCUGCCUUGGCGCUGGGUUUGCAGCAGCUCAGGAUGUCUCCUACCUGCCGUGGACGGUUUGCGCAAACCAGACGACGACGUGUGCUCAAGCAAACGUGACCUUUGCGUACUACUACGGCUAUCCCCUCUACCAGUACGCCUUGGCUGUACAGCGCACCACGAACGCCUCUACGAACUCGCUGUUCCAUCAGCGCAAUGUGUCAACUGCGGCCGACAAAUGGUUGAACAAACCCAACGUUGAUACUCUAUACUCUAGAGCGUUUCUCGACCUGUCGUGUUCGGAUCUGGUCAUUAAUGUCCCGGAAAUGGGAGACCGUUACUGGGUCUGGCCCUUCUAUGACCCAUACGGCAACAACGUUGCGAAUAUCGGGAAGCUCCAGUCGUACCCCGCAGGUAAAUACCUUGUCCGCUUCGACAAGAGCAACCCGGGCGUGCACCGUUUCAACAAAAAGAGCCCGUACCGAGCGUACAUCAACAUUCCAACUCCAUAUGCCAUCUCUGCGGUCCGCAUCCUAGUCCAGCCAAACGAGGCCGAUGCCGCUGCUGUCCACCGCGUCCAGGACCAGCUCGGGAUUAGCCCUAUCCGGAGAGCCUCUCAGCUUCCGGUUGCGCCGCCCCUGAACCUAACCAUGUUUACCGACCCAAAGAUUGUGCCAGGAUCAAUCAACACUCUCGAGGAGGGCGUUCUAAGGCUCACCGCAAAGUUGUCGCCGUACAAUGCCCCCCUGGUUAUCGCAGACAGGACCUGGGUGUCAGCAACGCUUCAAGGUGCUGGACUCGCCAAGGGAUGCUUUGCGCAACCAAAGGGCACUAACCUCACCGCGGCGUCACAGGCAGCAAAUAACUCCAUCGUCAAUGAGUUUUUUGUUCCAGGAUAUCUUCAAAAUCUCGGUAAUAAUUGGGUGCACCCGCAGGCCGCGUACAUCGGCAACUUUCAGAGUGCGUAUGUUACGCGAUACAACAUUGCGGCGACAGGUUACCUGGCCCUGACAAGGGAUCAGGCCAUGUACCCAGCCUACGCAAGUUCGACAAUAAACAACAUCAUCCCAUCCACCAGUGCGUUGCGCUUGACCUUCUCGGCAGAACCAAAGCUGAAGUCUCACGGCUUUUGGAGUCUGACUAUAUACGACGCCAACGCAUAUCUUAUCCCGAACGACCUUGAUAGGUACGCAUUGGGGGAUAGGAGCAACUUUACCUUAAUGGGCGGGACGAUCUCUAGUGGUGCCGAGGACGGUUCUUUCCAGAUUUUGAUUCAGCCAAGCAACGUUCCGCCACCGGCCAAUUGGACGAGCAACUGGUUGCCUGCACCACCCGACGGAAAUGGCUUCCAAAUAAACUUGAGAUUCUACGGCGGAGAGGACGCCAUGUCCAAUGGGAGCUAUGUGUACCCCGUGGUUGAGACAAUUGAUGCCAUUCCAGCGUAG